UUAUCUCAAUAGACAGCUAGCUAGUCAUUAUAACACCAGCCUUUUUUUCAGCCAUCAAGGAGGACAGUUAGCUAGGGUGCACAGAAAAAUCAUAAAAGCCACAUGCACUGAGGUAGAUCAAUUUACGCUGAUUGAAGAGAAGAGCGAACUGCCAGCGACAGUCAAAAGCGCCACACCAACACCCAUGCUAAUGUCCGAUAGCCACUGAACGUUAGCUGGGAGACUUUAAAGCCUCAGUCAUUCACGCAUUCUACUGUAGACUUGACCGUAAGAUGCUGCUGCACGUUGGAGGUAUGCGUUCGGCCCUGGGGCUACUGGCUGUCAGGAGGGCAUGCUGCCUGUCUCGCACCACCCACAACUCCCCUCAGACACUGGAAUACAAGCCCAUCAAAAAGGUCAUGGUGGCCAAUCGAGGUGAGAUUGCCAUCCGUGUGUUCCGGGCGUGCACUGAGCUGGGGAUCCGGACAGUGGCUGUCUACUCUGAGCAAGACACCGGCCAGAUGCACAGGCAGAAGGCAGAUGAGGCUUACCUCAUAGGGAAAGGCCUGCCGCCCGUGGCUGCCUACCUGGACAUCCCUGACAUCAUCAAAGUUGCUAAGGAAAAUGAUGUGGAUGCAAUCCACCCUGGGUAUGGCUUCCUGUCUGAGCGAUCAGACUUUGCUCAGGCAUGUGUCGAUGCUGGGGUACGCUUCAUUGGCCCUUCCCCUGAUGUGGUGCGCAAGAUGGGAGACAAGGUGGAGGCUCGAUCCAUCGCUAUCCGUGCAGGAGUUCCAGUUGUACCAGGGACAGACGGUCCCAUCACUUGCCUAUCGGAGGCCCAGGAGUUCUCCAACACCUAUGGCUUUCCCAUCAUCUUUAAGGCUGCCUACGGUGGUGGGGGCAGGGGAAUGAGGGUGGUCAAAGAGUACGAGGAGCUGGAGGAGAACUAUCAGCGUGCGUACUCUGAGGCCCUGGCUGCGUUUGGGAACGGUGCUCUUUUCGUGGAGAAGUUCAUUGAGAGACCCAGACACAUUGAAGUGCAGAUCCUGGGUGAUAAGUAUGGUAAUGUUAUCCACCUGUAUGAGAGGGACUGCUCUAUCCAGAGGAGGCACCAGAAGGUGGUAGAGAUCGCCCCGGCUGUACAACUGGACCCACACCUCCGGGACAGACUCACCGCUGACUCUGUCAACCUGGCCAGACAGGUGGGCUAUGAGAACGCUGGCACGGUGGAGUUCCUGGUGGAUAAACAUGGAAGGCACUACUUCAUCGAGGUCAACUCCCGCCUACAGGUGGAGCACACCGUUACCGAGCAGGUCACAGAUGUGGACCUGGUUCAUGCUCAGCUGCGCGUGUGUGAGGGGCGUAGCCUGCCAGAGCUGGGCCUGAAGCAGGAUAAGAUCCGGAUCAAUGGCUUCGCCAUCCAAUGCCGUGUGACCACAGAGGACCCUGCCCGCGGUUUCCAGCCUGACACUGGACGGCUAGAGGUAUUCCGAAGUGGCGAGGGUAUGGGCAUCCGUCUGGACAGUGCCUCUGCAUUCCAAGGAGCCGUCAUCUCCCCCCACUACGACUCCCUUUUGGUUAAAGUCAUCGCCAGCGGGAAGGACCUGCCUGCCGCCGCCGCCAAGAUGAACCGGGCGCUGGCGGAGUUCCGUGUCCGCGGGGUCAAGACCAACAUCCCCUUCCUCCAGAACGUUCUGAGUAACGAUCAGUUCCUGUACGGCACCGUUGACACCCAGUUCAUAGAUGAGAACCAGGAACUCUUCAACCUCAAGCCGGUCCAGAACCGAGCCCAGAAGCUGCUGCACUACCUGGGUCAUGUGAUGGUAAACGGACCCACCACUCCCAUACCAGUGAAGGCCAAGCCCUCAUCUAUCGAUCCUGUGAUCCCACCCGUUCCUCUGGGUGAGCCUCCGGUUGGGUUCCGUGACGUCCUAUUGAGGGAGGGUCCAGAGGGCUUUGCCAAGGCAGUGCGUGCCCACAAGGGUCUGCUGCUCAUGGACACCACCUUCAGAGAUGCCCACCAGUCUCUCCUGGCCACCCGUGUCCGCACCCACGACCUCAAACAGAUCGCCCCCUUCGUAGCCCACAACUUCAACAACCUCUUCAGCGUUGAGAACUGGGGAGGUGCCACCUUUGAUGUGGCGAUGCGUUUCCUGUGUGAGUGUCCAUGGAAACGGCUGCAGGAGCUGAGGGCUCUCCUGCCCAACGUGCCCUUCCAGAUGCUGCUCAGAGGAGCCAAUGCUGUGGGGUACACCAAUUACCCCGACAACGCCGUGUUCAAGUUCUGUGAGGUGGCCAAGGAGAACGGCAUGGACAUCUUCCGUGUGUUUGAUUCUCUGAACUACCUUCCCAACCUGAUGCUGGGUAUGGAGGCUGCUGGGAGUGCCGGGGGUGUGGUGGAGGCCUCCAUCUCCUACACAGGGGAUGUGUCUGACCCAAUGAGGCAAAAGUACUCUCUGGAGUACUACCUGAAGCUGGCUGAUGAGCUGGUCAGAGCUGGAACGCACAUACUGAACGUCAAGGACAUGGCAGGGCUGCUGAAGCCUGAGUCCAGCCGCAUGUUGAUUGGUGCUCUGAGGGACCGUUUCCCUGACAUGCCCAUCCACGUCCACACCCACGACACGGCAGGCGCCGGCGUGGCUGCCAUGCUGGCGUGUGCCGAGGCCGGGGCUGACAUCGUAGACGUCGCAGUGGACUCCAUGGCUGGAAUGACAUCACAGCCCAGCAUGGGAGCUAUUGUCGCCUGCACCAAGGGAACCAAUCUCAGCACAGGGAUAUCCCUGGAGAAUGUUUAUGACUACAGUGAGUACUGGGAGGUUGCUCGCGGGCUCUAUGCACCCUUUGACUGUACAGCCACUAUGAAGUCUGGCAAUGCUGAUGUGUAUGAGAACGAGAUCCCUGGAGGCCAGUACACCAACCUGCACUUCCAGGCUCACAGCAUGGGCCUGGGGCACAAGUUCAAGGAGGUGAAGAAGUCCUACACAGAGGCCAACAAGCUGCUGGGUGACCUCAUCAAGGUGACCCCCUCCUCGAAGAUCGUGGGUGACCUGGCCCAGUUCAUGGUGCAGAACUCUCUGACAAGGGCAGAGGUGGAGGAGAGGGCUGAUGAGCUCUCCUUCCCCCUCUCAGUGGUGGAGUUCCUGCAGGGUCACAUUGGCAUCCCACACGGAGGCUUCCCUGAGCCCUUCAGGUCCAAGGUGCUGAAGAAUAUGCCACGGGUGGAGGGCCGCCCGGGUGCCUCUCUGCCUGCCAUGGACUUCCAGGCCCUAGAGAAACAGCUGCGAGAGACGCACGGAAAUGACAUCACUCCUGAGGAUGUGAUGUCAGCAGCCAUGUACCCCAAGGUGUUCCAGGAGUUCAAGGAGUUCACCCAUCAGUUUGGCCCCGUAGACUGCCUCAACACACGCCUGUUCCUCGAUGGACCCAAGAUUGCUGAGGAGUUUGAGGUGGAGUUGGAGCGAGGGAAGACCCUCCACAUCAAAGCCCUGGCCCUGGGAGACCUCAACAAGGCUGGCCAGAGGGAGGUGUUCUUUGAGCUGAACGGAGCACUCAGAUCUGUCCUGGUCAAGGAUACAGUGGCCAUGAAGGAGAUGCACUUCCACCCCAAGGCGCUGAAGGAUGUGCGUGGCCAGGUGGGGGCUCCCAUGCCGGGUAAGGUUGUGGAAGUGAAGGUGAAGCAGGGCCAGACUGUGGAGAAGGGCCAGCCUCUGUGUGUGCUCAGCGCCAUGAAGAUGGAAACAGUGGUCAACUCUCCCCUCUCUGGCACUGUGGUCAAGAUCUACGUCAACGCCGACAGCAGCCUGGAGGGAGACGACCUCAUCCUGGAGAUCACCGAGUAGGACAGGAACCAUUCAUUUGAGCACAACCUUAACCCCUUCAGUCUCACACGCUAAAGUACAAUUCCAACUGUUGAAAAGAGGCAGGCAGGAGAGAAAUGUAUCUAUUUUUGAAAUUCUGGAAAAAAAAAUAUACAGUAUGAUUGUAAUCAAUUAAUGAACUAAUGUUUGUUUAUUGGAGCGCUUCCUGUGGUGAUUGCACUUGUGAUAUGUACGGUAAUCCACUGUCACUUUAGAAACUGAUAAGUACAAUCAUUAACCAUUGGAAGGGAAUAAAAUCUAGGAGUUUUCAUAUUCAUAUAUUCAUGUUAAUCAAUAUACGUCAUUCUCUAACGCUUUCCUGAAGAGUUAUAUUGCUGAGGCUAUGCCAAUAUGAAGAUGAAUGAUGCAAUAAAUAAGUGUAAAGCAAUUGAUAAGCCGUUGACAUUCUGGGAUUUAAUGUAAUAUAAACUCUUAAUCUUGGCUAAUCAUGUUUUAAAUUGUACAAUAGUCUUUAGGCCGUCCCUGUACGAGCAUCACCUCCAUGAGUGUCAUCUGAUAUGUUGAAAUAGAAAAAUGAAAGUUAACAUCAAUAGACCCCAGGGUCGUUACAGUAAUAAUAUAGGUGUUCAAGCAUAAGAAGUGUUUCCAUCUUAAUUGUCCUCUCUCUCUUCCCUCCAUCUCACUAUAUUGACUGACUGGGUAAAGCUGUUCUAAGCAUCUUCUCAUCACUGAUCACUGCAUUACUUUCACUCAUUUUCCCCAACUCAUUAUAAAGAGUAAAGCUUUUACUGUACAUUUCCUUUGCAUCUGAAAGUGGAUAGCCUAUGAAUUUUUGAAGCACAAGUGACUCAGUUGACCAAAACUCUUCUUUUAGACACUGAACCUAAAAUAACACUUUUUUUUGACCAACUACCUUGCUUUGUACAUGAACGCCAAUAUACUUGAUAUUCUGAUACACGCUUGAUAUUUUGGCAACUUGCUGUGACUUUUUAAAAUAGAAAUGAAUCCUACAUAACUGGACAUAUUUAGUCAUUCUGGUAGUCAUUGGGACUGACUGGACUCUGGUGAGAUUUACAGGUUGUAGGGGGUAGUUUCAUGUUCUCAAUCUGUGGUAAUGGUUUACUAAGGGGCCUUAGUUUUUAGAAUACAUAUGUUUACUGUGCAACUGUAUUUCCCCAAGUGUUUUGUUUUGCUUAUUAGUCCCCCACCCCCCCAAUUGUAAACGUUGCUUGUUAGACCCCAUAGGAACUUGACCCGAAUAACCCAUGACAAAAUAAUUGGUCUUUGUUUUCAGUGUAGAGAUUAAAAGUAGUUGAAUGUUACUUGUGUAUAUGGUGUGUCCUUGCAGUACAUGAGGCUACUGUCUGAGUGCUGGUGGGUGUUGUUUUGUCAACUGUCAUGGUAACCACUUUGUGUCUGUUUACAUCUGGGGAGUUGAUAAUCGUGAGCACACUAGGCAUUGUCAUGUAAUGCAGUAUUUGCAGUGCAAAGAGAAAUGUUAUUGAUUUUGUUUUGUUUUUACAUGAAAAAAAUCAUAGCCUUGUCAUGAUUAAGUAACGUCUAUAAUCUAUGACAUUACAAAUCAUCUCUUGAGAAUAGUUUACCGACCUGUUGUAUCAAGCAGAAGUAAUCAGAUGUCUUACACUUCUAACUCCUGUAUGUGAACCAUAGGACUUAAGACCAGUAAUGCAACAACUAAAGAAUGCAACGAUUGAGCCCGUUAUCUUACGAGCGACAUUGGUUCUGUGCGUAAAAUAUCAUUUUUGCGUGCAGUACGCACAGUUAUCUAGGUCAAGUAGGAGACUUCUACAUAGGAAAAACGAAUGUUAAUGAGCUUUAUACGUAGAUGUCUUGUAAGCGUUAACAUUACUACCGAUUUAUGGUGAAUAGUAAUGUCAUUUGUAUUCUAGAAUCUUGCUGGGGAUCUGUGGCAGUUAUGCCAUCCUUCUCAUGUCUGUCUGUCUUUUGAUGAUCAGUUUUAAAUCAUGCAAAUACUAAUUCAGUGUAACCUCAUGUUCUUUUCAAUGUGACAGGACUUUGAAAGAAAUUAAAAGCGCAUUACAGAGUU